AUGCUAAAACCCCCACAAAAACGAGUCCUUGGCGACGCUACACUUAGCCGUCACAAUGUACUGCCGAAGUCGCCCAGUACCGCAAAGAAGCGGAAGCUCGAAACCGACCAGCCAGCUAUUGGCAUUAAACCGUCUUCACAGACUGGCAACCGGAAGCUAAUAUCCUCAGGCCCUCGUCAAUCGCAGAAGAAAAGCCAGUUCGAGGAGGAAGUCUUGGAGAAAUUGACACAGGACAUUUCAGGACUGAAGGAGAGCAACUCGGAAAAAGACCAGCAGUGGGCUCGACCAAGUUUAGAUAAUUUUGAUGCAGCGCGAGACACUCUUUGCUUCCAGCAAAUUGAAGUGGAGGAAGGGACGCUAGGAGGUGGAAAGCCUGCGGUGAAGCUUUUCGGGGUUACUGAGGCUGGCCAUUCGGUUCUCUUACAUGUUACCCAUUUUCUACACUAUCUCUAUGUGGCUGCUCCUGUCUCAUUUGCUCCAACAGACUGUGAAGGAUUUAAGGCGUAUCUUGAAAAGGAAAUCGAUCUUCAUCAGCCAGCUUUACAUUCAGUACAGAUGGUAAUGAGAGAAAACCUUUUCGGAUUUCAGGGAAACCAGAAAAGUCCCUACUUGAAAAUCACAGUGACAGAUCCGCGACAUAUCAACAAAUUGCGAACGCUGAUUGAAACCGGCCAGGCGAAUUAUAAAGGCAUGUGGAGAGGUAAUGAUGAUGGGAUUUUGACCUUUGAUAAUAUAGAAUAUAUUUUACGGUUUAUGAUUGAUACAGGGAUAUCGGGCAUGUCUUGGGUCGAGGCGCCGGCUUCCAAAUACCACAUGCUCCCAAUGAACGAAAGGUUGUCGAAUUGCCAAAUAGAAGCUACGAUUCAUUACCGUGAUCUUAUUGCUCAUCCCAACGAUGGCGAAUGGGCAAAAAUGGCACCGCUCCGAAUCCUUUCCUUCGAUAUAGAGUGCGCUGGUCGCAAGGGUGUGUUUCCUGAGGCCAACCAAGACCCGGUAAUUCAAAUCGCGAAUGUCGUUACACGUUAUGGGGAGUCAAAGCCAUUCGUUCGAAAUGUGUUCGUCUUGGACACAUGUAGCUUAAUUGUCAAUACCCAACUUUUCGAGUUUGACGCAGAGGAAAAAAUGCUGAUGGCCUGGAGAGACUUCUUGGAGGAGGUUGAUCCGGACGUUAUCAUCGGAUACAAUAUUGCUAAUUUCGAUUUCCCCUACCUUCUUAAACGAGCGGAACAUCUCAAAUGCUCAGGAUUCCACUUCUGGUCCAGACUGAAGCAUAUCGCUUCACGGGUAGGGGACGCAAGAUUUUCUAGCAAGCAAAUAGGCAACCGGGAGUCCAAAUCUACGAAUAUCAGCGGCAGAAUUCAACUCGAUCUCCUGCAACUUAUUCAGCGGGACUAUCAGCUGCGAAGCUACACUCUAAAUUCAGUAUGUGCGCAGUUUUUAGGAGAACAAAAGGAGGAUGUCCAUCACACUAUGAUUACAGAACUUUUUAAUGGAACGCCGGACUCGCGGCGACGGUUGGCUGUUUACUGCUUGAAGGAUGCAUACUUACCUCAGCGACUGAUGGAUAAACUUAUGUGUCUUGUCAACUAUACUGAAAUGGCAAGAGUCACUGGCGUACCUUUCAACUUCCUGCUUUCCCGCGGACAGCAAGUCAAGUUUCUUAGCCAACUGUUCCGCAAGGCUCUCGAACAACAAUUGGUUAUUCCCAAUUUACGGAACGAGUCGACUAGCGAACAGUACGAAGGAGCCACCGUCAUCGAGCCUAUUAGAGAUUAUUACGAUGUUCCGAUAGCAACCCUUGAUUUCGCAUCCCUAUAUCCUAGUAUUAUUCAAGCACACAACCUGUGCUACACGACUCUUCUAAAGAAGUCAACCAUCGACACACACCAAAUGAAGGAAGGAGAAGACUAUAUCGUGACUCCAAACGGGGAUAGGUUCUGCACCUCAAAAGUCCGCAAAGGGCUCCUGACUCAGAUCUUAGAAGAACUUCUUGGUGCAAGAAAACGCGCAAAGAAGGAGCUUGCUGUGGAAACGGACCCUUUCAAAAAGGCUGUCUUGAACGGACGACAACUUGCUCUUAAAAUCAGUGCGAACAGCGUUUACGGCCUGACUGGUGCUACUGUUGGCAGACUACCCUGUUUGCCUAUCGCCAGUAGCACGACUAGUUACGGCCGCCAGAUGAUUGAGAAAACUAAGGAAGAGGUAGAGGCUAAAUUCACCAUCGCCAAUGGGUAUUCUCACGAUGCUAAGGUCGUGUAUGGUGAUACUGACUCCGUCAUGGUUAAAUUUGGAAUGCAAGACCUUGCUGAAGCAAUGAAGCUUGGGCGGGAGGCAGCUGAUUUUGUUUCAGCUAAGUUCAUUAAGCCGAUUAAAUUGGAGUUCGAGAAGGUGUAUUUCCCAUAUCUCCUCAUCAACAAGAAACGCUACGCAGGUCUCUAUUGGACGAGGCCAGACAAGUAUGAUAAAAUGGAUACCAAGGGCAUUGAAACCGUUCGCCGAGACAACUGCCGUAUGGUACAGACAGUUAUCGAAACUGUCCUUAGGAAAAUCCUCAUUGAUCGAGAUGUCGGCGCUGCCCAAAAUUACGUGAAGGAUACGAUCUCUGAUCUCCUUCAAAACAAAAUCGACAUGUCUAAACUUGUGAUCACGAAAGCCCUCUCUAAAAAGGAUUAUACUGCGAAACAAGCUCAUGUCGAGCUAGCAGAGAGGAUGAAGAAGCGUGACGCCGGUUCUGCCCCAACGCUCGGCGACCGAGUUGCAUAUGUCAUUGUUAAAGGUGCUGGAGGUUCAAAAAAUUAUGAAAAAUCGGAAGACCCGAUCUACGUACUAGAAAACAAUAUUCCAAUAGACACGAAGUACUACCUUGAUAAUCAGCUCGCCAAGCCCCUCACGCGAAUCUUCGAGCCCAUCCUUGGCGAGAAGAAGGCCGGCCAGUUGCUCACCGGGGAGCACACUCGAUCCAUCUCCGUCGCGGCCCCGACGCUGGGCGGCCUGAUGAAAUUCACCAAGAAAACGCAAACGUGUAUGGGUUGUAAGAAGCCCCUUACUGGGAAAGAAGGCGCCGAGGGCGCUGUUUGUGAGAACUGUCGCCCACGCCUCGGCGAGCUCUACACUAAAACCCUUACGAGAGUGUCUGAUCUGGAAGUGCGGUUUGGCCGCCUGUGGACGCAGUGUCAGCGAUGUCAGGGCAGUUUGCAUUGUGAGGUUAUCUGCUCGAGCAGGGACUGCCCGAUAUUCUACAUGCGGAUGAAGGCGAAGAAGGAUGUUGAGGACGCUGAGAAGGAGUUGGCACGCUUUGAUCACGAUCUGGGGGCCUGGUAG